AUGCUUGAAAAAUAAGGCAUCUAUACAUAAAUUCAAUUUAUGAAAUAGUAGAUAAAAAUAAAGAAAUAUGUCUAAUCAUCAAAUAUGAGAAUUAAUUUAUUAAUUUUUUACAUAGUUCAUUAUCAUAAAGUUUAAGAGGACCUACUCUGUAAGUAUGUAUUAAAAUCUUAUCAGAAGGUUAGUAUAGAAAAAAAGUUGGAAUAAAACAUUUUGAUUUGAAACUUGAAAAUCUCAUAUUCCACUAAUAAUAGAAUAAAAAUAUAUUAAUUAUAAAGAAGAUAUACAUGAAAAUAUAUAGAAUUUCAAAUUUUUUAUUUAAAGGAGGAUAAAAUAUUUAGUUAUUUUAGGAAAUUUAAUAUCUUCACCAGGGUUAGUGUGUCCAAUAGGUCAUUUCAUUUUUAGAAACAUGUAAUUACUUCUCAAAAUCAAGGGAAAAAUAAUUACAGAAAUUUAGAAAAAUCUACUUAUCUAUACUAAGGAAAUAAUAUUGCAUAAAUGGUUAAAAAGUGAUGGAAACGAUUUUUAAAAAUGUUUAAUACAGAUCCAAGUGAAAAUUUCACAAUUCUUCAAAUAAUAUUA